AACUUGACAAUAAUAAAAAGUAUCUCUCCAUACCAUCUAUGGAUCUAAUUUUAGCGAAGGCCAAAAACGAAUGUGACGGUUGGUCCCCAGUUCGGAUCCUCUGUCCCAAUUUCCUAUCCCACUUCGUGUCCCCAAAGCAAAACUACAGCGUUUUGAUUUAAAUUAACUAUUUUUUCUUUUGUUAACACUCCCACAGAUCGGCUCGGCUGGUUGAAGCCGCAAGUCAUCUUCUUCUUCUUCUUUCCUUUUCCAUCUAAAUCUCCUCUAUUCUCUCUUGGAAAAUUUCUCUCUCCACCGAAAAAUGGGGAUUUCAUAUUCUGCACGGGAUUUGGUUAUGAAUAUUCAAAAUCAAUCUUUUUCUUGCUUCAUUCUUUUCUUCUUCUUCUCCACAAAGCUUUCAUGCUCGAUUUUUAUUAAUUUUCUUUUUCCAGAAGAACCGAUUUAGAGUGAAGAACAUCACGACAUCCAUUUUCGACGCAAUCGAACAUUUUACCUUGAAGACGACGGAGCAAUGCUGUGUCGAAGGGGCAAAGCAAUUGAGAUGUCGAGAGAUCAUAAACCCGUUUGCUUGAGGGAGCUGCGUCGUAUAGAAGCCUCGGGAGGUUAUGUAUACGAUGGGUAUCUCAACGGGCUGCUCAACAUUGCUCGUGCAUUGGGCGACUGGCACAUGGAAGGGCUGAAAGGUGGUGAUGGCGGACCACUUACAUCGGAGCCUGAUCUCAUGACCACGAGGCUCACGGAGGAAGACGAGUUUCUCGUCAUAGGGUGUGACAGCCUGUGGGACGUGUUCCUGAGCCAGAACGCGUUGCAUUUUGCCCGUAGAAGACUCCAGGAACACAAUGACCCAUUGAUGUGCAGCAAGGAUCUUGUCGACAAGGCUCUGAAGCAGAGGAGCGGGGAUAAUUUAUCCGUGGUCGUGGUCUGUUUCCAGCCGGAGCCACCGCCCAAUCUGGCCGUUCCUCGCGGAAGAGUGCAUCAGAGCAUCUCCACCGAAGGGUUGAAGGAGCUGCAGAGCUUCUUGGAUGACUUAGAUAUUUGAGAUUUUGGAUGGCAUCUUCCUCACUUCAUCUUUUUCUUUAUUUACCAUCAUUCUUGAUUGUUGUUGAGAGAGGAUGUAAUUUCAACUGUAACAUAUGCUGCUAUUGACAUCAAACUUUUCUUUUUCCUAGUAUAUAUAUUCAAGACACGAAUUAACAAA